AUGGGCAGUUCCACCAUGAAAUCGCGAAAGAAAAUGACAGUCCAAGGCCUUGCCCGUCUCUAUGAGAAAGGGGAACCGAUCAGUGUCCUCACUGCCCAUGACUUCCCAAGCGCUAGUGUUGCUGACGCUGGAGGAAUGGAUAUAGUGCUGGUCGGGGAUAGUUUGGCCAUGGUUGCAAUGGGGAUGGAGGAUACAAAUGAGGUCCUCGUCGAGGAGAUGCUAUUGCACUGUCGUAGUGUCUCACGAGCUGUUGCAUGUGCAUUCACCAUUGGAGACCUUCCUAUGGGUUCCUACGAGGUUUCACCACAACAAGCGUUGGAAACAGCCAUUCGAUUCGUCAAAGAAGGACGUAUGAAUGCUGUGAAGCUCGAGGGCGGCGAGGAAAUGGCCCCGACUAUCAAGAGAAUCACGGAUGCAGGUAUUCCAGUCAUGGCACAUGUUGGUCUUACUCCUCAGAGGCAAAAUUCUCUCGGUGGAUUCAGAGUUCAAGGGAAAACAGCUGCUGGUGCAUUGAAAUUAUUGCGCGACGCUUUAGCAGUGCAAGAAGCGGGUGCUUCUCUGGUCAUCAUAGAAGCAGUACCUGCUGAAGUCGCCGCUUUGGUCACUAGCAAGCUUCGAGUUCCAACAAUUGGAAUUGGAUCUGGAAAUGGGUGUUCCGGGCAGGUGCUUGUUCAGAUAGACAUGAUGGGCAAUUUUCCACCUGGAAGAUUUUUGCCCAAGUUUGUGAAGACAUAUGCAAAUGUCUGGAAUGAAGCCCUGCAAGGAGUUGAGAAAUAUAGGGAUGAGGUCAAGAGCAGAGCAUAUCCUUCGUCUGAGUAUACAUACCCUAUGUCGGAAGAGGUGAUUGGAGAGUUGCGGCGUAUGUUGGAUGAAAGUCAUCGCGAAGAGACGUCUUAA